ACAUUGUCAGACAUUAUGCUUAUAAAGAAGCCCACUGGAACACCCCCCAACGUUUAUCCGAAGGAAUGGCGGUUGUGCUCCGUUGCUCCUGCUUCUUCACUCCCCCGAACUCCGUCCGAUCUCCGCCGUCCGAUCCUUCCACCCGAAAAUCCCAAGCUCCCGGGAAGAUGGCUUCUCUUUCACUUAAGAUGGAUAGGCUUAUAUCGUCCUUGGGAGAUACUUUUUAUGGACCAUCUGAGUUUUGCUUCACUUUGCCGAACUUACAUUGUCAGGGAAACAAACAGUUAAGAAUCCGAACAGUGGGAUUUCUUGUCAGUAAUGCUUUGAUGUUAACUACACCUUUCAAAGCUCUGGCAGAAACAUGUGAGGCUAAUGACUCUGUUUUCAACAUGAACAUGCCUUUACUGCUAGGUGUGGCCCUUAUAGGAGCCACUGUGGGAGGGUUGCUUGCUCGGCAAAGGAGAGGGGAAAUGCAGCGGUUGAAUGAACAGCUGCGCCAAAUCAAUGCAGCUCUAAGAAGGCAAGCUAAGAUUGAGUCCUAUGCUCCUAGCUUGAGUUAUGCUCCUGUUGGUGGAAGAAUAUCAGAGAAUGAAGUAAUUGUUGAUCCAAAGAAGCAUGAGUUGAUUUCUCGAUUGAAGACUGGAAAGAAUUUUUUGAGAAACCAAGAACUUGAGAAAGCAUUCAUGGAGUUUAAAACAGCUCUUGAGCUUGCUCAGAAUUUAAAGGAUCCUACUGAGGAGAAGAAGGCUGCAAGAGGUUUAGGAGCCUCCCUGCAAAGGCAAGGCAAGUACCGGGAAGCCAUCAAAUACCAUUCUAUGGUUUUGGCAAUCUCUCAGAGAGAAGGAGAGGACUCAGGAAACACUGAAGCUUAUGGAGCAAUUGCUGAUUGUUAUACUGAGCUUGGAGAUCUUGAGCGAGCAGGGAAAUUCUAUGACAAAUAUAUUUCACGGUUGGAAACUGACUAAAUCGUUCCUCUAAUCCAGUACAUGUUCUUUGUCAAUGAUGUUUUGAGGUUGUAGUAUUAGUUGAGUUUGCUGAAAGCUGGUCACCUGCAUUUCCUUGUGGCAUUUCAUUUUUGUAUCUAUGUUAAAAGUCACUUGAUGGAGAAUAUCCUCCCGAAAUCCCUUUGGAUGUCUUGGGGCUUCCAUUUGUUUUUAAAACAAUCUAGUUGUCGAUUGGUAUGCCCCAUGAUAUGACAAUCAAAUCUGGAUU